AUUACCCACAGUCACAAGCCCGAGUCCCAAUCUACCUUCGUCCUCUGUCUCCACCGAACUCAGUUCGGUUUCUAGGCAAACCCAGGCCCCACCUUCCCUUUUGUCCCCAGUCACAAGCCAUGCCCGUCAGUCCACUCCACCUGUCUCUUCCAGUCUUCCUUCGAAGCACCAGUCUCGGCCAGUGUCCCAGUGCGUGUCCCAGGGUCCGUUCAGGUUGGCAAUACUCAUUCCAUGCAGACACGCUCCAAAUCCGGGAUUUUUAAACCAAAAACUAUUUUUUCUUUACACACUGAUGUUAUCGGUACUGACCCAUCUUGUUUUUCUGAGGCAAAUAAAAAUUUAAAAUGGAGAGAGGCUAUGGCAGAGGAGUUUAAUGCACUUAUCACUAACCGUACAUGGGAUCUUGUUCCUUUUGACAACUCUAAGAAUAUUGUCGGGUGUAAGUGGAUUUACAAAACAAAAUAUCAUUCGGAUGGCACUGUUGAGCGGCAUAAAGCCAGAUUAGUUGCUCAAGGAUUUAAUCAGCAUGCUGAGGCUACUCGCACCUCUACAGGUUUAUUUAUCUCUCAGCAAAAAUAUGUCACUGACUUGCUUGCUCGCUUUCAUUUACACACUGUCAAGUCUGUUCGUACUCCCUUAGCAUCUCGUACUACACUCACCCUCACUGAUGGCGAGUUACUCACAGACUCCACAGAGUAUCGCAGCAUGGUAGUCAAGCGUAUUUUCAGAUAUUUGCAGGGCACUCGUGAUCAUGGUCUAUGGCUCCAAGCUUCUACUACCCCUACUUGUGUGAGAGCAUACUCCGAUGCUGAUUGGGUGGGAUGUCCAGAUAGCUCGCGUUCUACUACUGGUUUUGCUAUUUUUCUAGGUCCCAAUCUGGUCUCUUGGAAAUCCAAGAAGCAACCGACAAUGUCCAAAUCCUCCACUGAGGCCGAAUACAGAGCUGUUGCCUAUACUGUUCAGGACACACUUCACAUUCGGUCGAUACUGUUUGAGCUUGGAUUUCCCAUCACGGAGCCUGUCAGCUUACUGUGCGAUAAUAUCUCAGCUUCAUGCUUAACUGCUAAUCCUAUCCAACAUGCCCGUAGCAAGCACAUUCAGAUUGACUAUCACUUUGUUCGCGAGAGAAUUGCUCAUGGCGAUUUAUCUGUCCAGUACAUAUGUUCCUACUCAUCUACAACUGGCAGAUAUUUUUACUAAAAGUCUUCCUAGUCAGCGUUUUCAUUUUUAAAAAGACAACCUGC